CAUUGAGACGCUACACAGUUUACCCUCGUGUCUGAAAUUUGUGCGAUUUUCUUGCCGAAAUGGACUGCGACAAGCAACAGUUGGGAAGAAUGCUCUUCAAGGCUGCCAAACGAGGUCGCCCUGAAGAGGUGGAGAAGCUCAUUGCUCUCAAACCGGCACUGUUUGUCGACUCAGCGAAUGGUACGAAUGCUCUUCAUCAGGCAGCCAAGAAGAAUCAUACAAAGAUCGUAAAAAUUCUGAUCAAACAGGCAAAGAUUCCUGUCGACUGCAAGGACAAAUAUGGAUGGAGCCCUCUGCAUUGGGCCUGUUGGACAGGAAGCAGCACUUGUGUUCAAACUCUUCUCGACAGCAAAGCCAACGUCAACCAUGUGGACAGGUCUGGAUCAAAUUGUGCGCAUGGAGCUGCUCUGAAUGGUCACUCUCAUGUCUUGCGGCUUCUGCUUGCGACAAAGUGCAAUUUCAAUGUUCAACGAAAGGAUGGAUGGACUCCAGUCCACCUUGCUGCUUAUAAUGGACAUCUUGAUGCUGUGAAGGUUCUUGUCAUCGAUGCUGAAUGCAAAGUCAACAUUCCAAAUAAUGAAGGAGAAGGUGCCUUACACAAAACAAUCACCAAUGGUCAUGUGGAUAUUGCUAGGCUCCUACUGUCUGUUGGUGCUCCUGUUGACAUGCCAGACAAGUUUGGCUGCACACCUCUCCACGAGGCAGUUCACUGGGGCCAAAAGAAACUAGUAGAGAUGCUGUUGAAAGCCGACUGUCGAGUAACAGUCAUGAACAAUAAGAACAAUCACACUCCACUUGAUCUGGCCAAACUCGAAGGGCAGAAUGACAUCGCUGAACUUAUUACAGCAGGAAUGGAACAAAUGAAGUCGUCUCCUGCGCUUGCUAGUAAGUGGUCUGAUGUACGACGCCUACUCUUCAUGUCAGAAAAUGAGAAGCAAAUUGAGUGGAAUAGGGAGGAGUGUAAGUGGCAGUGGAAGAAGAGGAUGGAACAAACAUGUGAGAAAUACCGCAAAUCGAGUCAGGAGAAGGUGGAAAAUGCCGUUCGAAAAUCUGAAGAGGCAAGACAAGAAUGUGAACACAAGAUCACACAAAUGAAAGCAGAAUGCACUCGUCGAAUUUCUCAGUUGGAACUCCAACUGCACCACAAAGAGCGCGAUCUUCAUGCCAUCGUCUCACGCAGACGGCAAGCAGAAGAGGAAACAGCACGACGAAUCAGUGACAAAAUGUCGACCAACACAAUCUCGCUACGAGUGCCGAUGCCACCCAGACAGAGAAAAGUUGGACGAAUCUGUUCACCAGUUCCAGUCUAAACUUCACACAUUUCAUCAAACAGUGUAAAUACUAUUUAACACGUAUUGCAAUACAAAUGUAAAUGUAUUUAGAACAUUUGGUUAGAACAAUAUUUUGCAUUGAUGUGUAUGUUUAGUAUGAUAGUAGAUUAUGACUUGAACAAUACAAGUGUUGAAUACAAAUCGGCUUCAAUGUUGUACAGACAGACAGACACAGACAGACAGACAGACAGACACAG